CGCUGACCGAGCGGGACGCCGAGCCGGAGCCGCACAAUGCCAGCGAGCUGUGGUCGAGAAAUACAUCUUCUUUUGUAACAGAUUUUGCAGUUGUGAAGGAGAUGACGCUACAUGGUGGGUUGUUGACUUGGCUAAGCUGGCUGUUUGUCACGGCCGUAACCAGGCAGUGGAUCGACUUUGCACGAUCCCGUUCGUAUCUUUGCCCGCCUGGCCUGUGUGUUACUCGCGGCCGUCCGUCCCCGUCCUCCGCCGCUGCUGGCUGUCCCACGCUGCUGCCGGCCCAAAGGUCAGCACGGCGCGGGGGCGGUGACGGCGGCGGCCGGCGGCGCCGCCAGCCCAGUCGCCGGAGACCAUGGCGCCGCGGGGGAACGCUGCGGCGACUGUCCUGCUGCUGGCAGCCGUCCUGACGCCAGACUGUGCCGCCAGCGUCCCCUCGCUGCCGGAGCUGCCCUCGGGCGGAGUGUGCUGUGAGCUGGCCGGUGCUGUGCCGCGCACCCUCCUCCGUCCGGGCGUCGUCACCUUCUCCAGCGCCCAGCGGAUCUGCUCGCAGGAGGGGACGCGCUGGCCGUUCACCAUCUACACGGGGCUCGGAGUCCCGGGUAGCGGCGGCACCGGCUCGUUCGGCUGUGCGUCCAUCUCUCAGCCGGCCUGUCUGCAGAGAGCCUCCUCAGCCUGCACCGCGAGCUGCCUCAACUCCAAGAGCUGCUUCCUGCGCUUCGACACAGCCAAGCCGUUCAUCGUCGAGAAGGAUGUGAGGCGUCGCACCAGCACUGACUCCAGCUCCGUGACCGACACGACCGGUGCUAGGAACUCCAGCGAGCUGAGGAAGGGCCGCGACGGCGAAACAAUCCGUACCAAUGUUACCGAGGCUUUGCGCAAUCGGCUCAACGUUUCAUCGACGGAGAAGCAGGACAACAGGUUCAGGAGUGUCGACAUCAGCUCCAGCAGUCUUUCCAGCUUAGGCGACGCCAUUUUGAGGACUGGGUCCGGUCUCCGCAUGUUACGUCUGCUCGCGGCCGCAGGUGGCGGGCAGACCCCCAGCGCUCGGCCGACGCCGGCCGCCAGCACCCGGCCGUCACUGAGCGUGUUCGCCGCCGGCUCCGGCACCGCCUCUGAGGCCGGGAAGGGCUUCUGCUGCCGCCUGGGCCCCGGAGAGCUUCUCCAGCCCCUGGUCGGUGUCACCACGCUGGUAGAGUGCGAGACGCGCUGUCGAACUAAGCAGCUCGGCUUCGCCGUGCAAAUCACCUACAGGAAGUGGGGCUGUGCGGGCGACAGCUUCAAGAGUCGCUGUGCUCAGCUGAAUACGUGCGAGGGAUGCGUAGCCGACAGGACUUGUAUGAACGUCCACACUAUCUCGCUGUCUAUCUCUAUCCAGAGCAUGCGGAACCGUCUGACGGGCUCUCAGUUUGCGGUCGGUCAGGUGGACCGAGGUCGGCGCACCGAGCGACUCAGCACGCAAAUCGGCCAGAGCUCUCUGACCGGUAUCAGAACGGUCGAUAACCGGACGCUGUCGGAUGUCUCGGGGGACAGACAGAGCAGGCAGGUGGCCAGAGAGAACCGGCGGCUCUCCUCCGAGAUCGGGCCAGACGGUAACUCUCGCGGAGGGGUUUCUAUCGAGGCGGCCGUCACAAUCACAGAGGCUGCGCGCACCAACCGCUCAGCGAGUCAGCAGAUCAGCGACCGGGACCAGCGGGCGCUCACCACCAACCUCACACACGGACAACAGGAUGGAUCGAGGACUCGGCGGGUGGACAGAGACGUCAACCAGGACCGGGACACGGUCGUCAGCCGGAGGGAGGACUCUCUGGAGGUGCGCCGGCUGGCCUCCUCCACUGGCGACCGGCGCGCAGAAGUGCUGCCUGGACUGCGGAGUCCCCAGGACGGCAAUGCCUCGCUCACAGCCAGUGACAGGAACAUCUCUCAGAUCGGCCAGGAGAGCGUGUUUACGACCACCGUGGAGAGGACGGAUGAUAAUACCAACCUGCGCACGGCCGCUGGUGACCGGACUCGCAGUUCCUCCACUGAGGCAGCUUUGAGGACGCAGGCCGAGCGGACCGGCGCCAGGAACGACUCCAACAUCCGAGACACCGCCUUCGCCACCGAGGACCGGGAGCUGGGGAGCGUGGAGCUCUCCACCACGGAGAUCAAGUCCGGCUCGGUGGUGGACCGCGCGAGGGUGGACGGCGAGCGCUCCGGCGGCGCCUCCCGGACGGUGACCGCCUGCGCCAGGUGCAACACCACAUCCGAUCUCACAGAGAGUACCCGUUCGGACCGCCAGAAUCAGACCACGGACCACAUCGAGACCGUGACGGAGGACGUGACGACUCGGUCCCGGGUGGCGCCCGGCGGUGCGCUGCCGCUCAUCUCCGUGACGGCGCAGGACGUGCGCCAGGCACAGACGGUAGACACUGCGCGCCGCGGCAUCGGCUCCACGGUUACCGCCAGCACCCUCAACACCACUGGCAUUGGAGUGCGGAGCUCGCGGGACCGCGAGGUGCUCUCGGUGGAGAGGACAAACGGCACUGACCAGGUGCAGGAGUGGAACCGGGCCACCGAGGUGCGCACUGUGACGCUCUGAUGGCCAGGCCGCGGGAAGAAGUGAACAGAAAUUCGGACAAGAAUAAGCACAUAGGCACAUCUGCGUACAGAAAGCAUUAGUGCAGGGAGGGCAGGACCGGGAAGCGGCCAAAGAGUAAGAAGCUCUGGAUGGUGGAUAGGACAUGGCUAGAAAGGAUGUCCAACGGCUAAACGAUGUCCAAUUCAAAUACAAAUAUAUCUUUCAACAUGC